AUGUUAUAUAACAAUUUAAAAAGGGUGCCAUCAGCAGUCCCGCCGGCAUUCUCACCAACUCUGCUGCGCCCAGCAUUUCCACAGAGGAUUUCGUCCGCCAAUCCCCAGCAUAUGGCUCCAAUCACCAGCCAAGCCUCGGAUCGGUCUCUCGCAAUACACUCGAAUGAAGAUAGCCUGGAGAUCCGCCAGAAAUAUCGACCAUUUAUCUUGAGCGACAAUGUCACCGAUGACUGGGUCAGCAACCUAGACCUAACCACCGUAACAGAACUGGCUGAACAAAAUCUGAAAGCUACAAACGAAAGAUUGAAAGUGCUAGUCCUCUACGGCAGUCUUCGAAAGAGAUCAUAUUCCAAAUUGGUAGCCUUGGAAGCCUCCCGCAUUCUAUUCCGACUCGGCUGUGACGUACGCGUCUUCGAUCCCGAAGGUCUCCCAAUGAAGAACGAAACCGACGUCAGCCAUCCCAAAGUCCAGGAGCUCCGCGAGUUGAGUGUAUGGAGUGAUGGACACGUCUGGGUUUCUCCCGAACAACAUGGGAAUUUGACCGCCGUGUUCAAGAACCAGAUUGACUGGAUCCCCUUGUCCACUGGAAGUGUCCGUCCUACGCAAGGACGCACACUGGCUGUUGCCCAAGUAUGUGGCGGGUCCCAGUCGUUCAAUGCCGUCAACUCUUUGCGUAUUCUGGGUCGGUGGAUGCGGAUGUUUACCAUUCCGAAUCAGUCCUCGAUUCCUAGGGCGUACACGCAGUUUCCUGAUGAAGGUCAGCCUGGAGACCAGCGGCUUAUGCCGAGUGGGAACCGGGAUCGUUUGGUGGAUUGCAUGGAGGAAUUCGUCAAGUAUACGAUUCUGAUGCGGCCUCAUAUUGGGAUCUUUGCGGAUCGCUUUAGUGAACGGGAAGAGAGGAAGGUUAAGGAGGCCAAGAUGAAUGGCUCUGCAACUCAAUAG